GCCCCCCUGCCUGCGUAAGAGCCUCCCUCCGGCGCGCCCGCCUCCGGCCGCGGGGCUGGGGGCGCCGGGCGAGCCAGGGCGGCUCUUAUUCUGAAGGGGCCGGAGGGGGGCUUCAUUUCCUGACAGCUAUUUACUUAAAGCAAAUGAUUAGUUUUGGAAGGAUGGACUAUAACAUUGAAUCAAUUACGGGACGCGGUUUGUGAGACCAUUACAGUCGGAUUGGGAGGGAGGGCGAGCGGGAGGGAAAGAGCGCGGCUGAGCGGGGAAAGUCACAAAAGACGUGGACAUAUUUUGGAUAUUUUACAAUCUGCAGGAGUGGGGCUGCGGAUUAUAAAGGAGAAGUUGUUGGUAGCUAUGGGUACUUCCCCACGGACGUUCCUGAUCCUGGGAUGUUUUCUCACAGGACCGUUCCUAACAUUCUGCCAGCUUCCUCUGCCGACUAUUGUUCCCAAUAGGAAUGAAAUGGUGGUACAGCUGAAUUCCAAUUUCACGCUCAAAUGCUCUGGAGACAGCGAAGUGAGCUGGCAGUACCCAGUGACCGAGGGAAGCCACAGGAUAGACAUUAGACAUGAAGAAAACAACAGUGGCCUCUUCGUGACGGUGCUCGAAGUAGGAAAUGCCUCAGCCGCUCAUACGGGCUCAUAUGUUUGCUAUUAUAAUCACACUCAAGUGGAGGAUGGGGAAGUGGAAGGGAAGGACAUCUACAUCUAUGUGCCUGACCCAGACAUGCCUUUUGUUCCUUCUAUACCAGAAGACCAGUUCAUCCUAGUAGAAGAAGGUGAUCCCACCGUUAUCCCUUGUCGGACAAGUGACCCAAAUGCUCAAGUGACUUUAAUUAACAGUUUAGACAAGGCUGUCUAUGCUUUCUAUGACAGCAAACAAGGCUUCAUAGGGAAUUUCCCUGCGGGCUCAUAUACAUGCAAAACAAUGGUUAAAGGCGUGGAGUUCAAGUCCGAUGAAUUCCUCAUCUAUAUUUUGAGAGCUACUUCACAGCUGCCGGUUGAAAUUGAAGCUCUUAAAACUGUCUACAAAACAGGCGAGACCAUCGUAGUAACUUGUGUGGUCUUUGACAAUGAGGUGGUUAAUCUACAGUGGAAUUAUCCUGGGAAAGUGAAAGAAAAAGGUCUGAUAAAACUUGAUGAUAUCAAAGUCCCAUCGCAGAAGCUGGUUUACACCUUGACCAUUCCUGAGGCAUCAGUGAAAGACACAGGGGAUUAUGAAUGUACUGCUCGGCAUGCAACCAAGGAGGUUAAGGAAAAUAAGAAAGUAGUCAUUACAGUUCAUGACAAAGGCUUUGUUCACCUGGAGCCUCAAUUUAGCCCUCUGGAAGCUGUCAAUCUGCACGAAGUCAAAAACUUUGUCGUCGACGUGCAGGCAUACCCAGCACCAAAAAUGUACUGGUUGAAGGAUAAUGUAACUCUGAUUGAAAAUCUUACUGAGAUUGUUACUAGUUCCAACAGAGUCCAGGAAACAAGGUUUCAGAGUAUAUUAAAAUUGAUCCGGGCCAAGGAAGAAGACAGCGGAUAUUAUACUUUGGUUGCUGAAAAUGAAGAUGAGAUUAAAAGAUACACCUUCUCCUUGCUAAUACAAGUUCCAGCCCUGAUCUUAGACCUCGUGGACGAUCACCACGGCUCUGCGGGUGGGCAGACGGUGAGGUGCUUGGCGGAGGGGACCCCGCUUCCUGAUGUGGAAUGGCUGGUUUGCAAGGACAUUAAAAAGUGCAGCAAUGACACCUCAUGGACACUUUUGACUAACAAUAUCUCUGAUAUACACAUGGAAGCCCACCUGGAUGAGAAAAACAUGGUGGAAAGCCAGGUGACCUUCCAGAAGGUAGAGGAAACCCUGGCUGUGCGAUGUGUGGCAAGGAAUGACCUUGGUGCUGUUACUCGGGAACUGAAGCUUGUGGCUCCCACCUUGCGAUCAGAACUAACAGUGGCUGCUGCAGUCUUAGUGCUGUUAGUGAUUGUGAUAAUUUCACUGAUUGUCCUGGUCAUCAUAUGGAAACAGAAGCCGAGGUAUGAGAUAAGAUGGAGAGUCAUUGAGUCUAUCAGCCCUGAUGGCCACGAAUACAUUUAUGUGGACCCGAUGCAACUGCCUUAUGACUCCAGAUGGGAGUUUCCUCGAGACGGGUUAGUGCUUGGUCGAAUCCUUGGUUCUGGUGCAUUUGGAAAAGUAGUUGAAGGGACUGCAUAUGGAUUGAGUCGCUCUCAACCGGUGAUGAAAGUAGCUGUGAAAAUGCUGAAACCUACAGCUAGAUCAAGUGAAAAACAGGCACUCAUGUCUGAACUGAAGAUAAUGACUCAUCUUGGCCCUCACCUGAAUAUUGUGAAUCUGCUUGGAGCUUGUACAAAAUCAGGUCCUAUUUACAUCAUUACUGAAUACUGCUUUUAUGGUGAUUUGGUGAACUAUCUGCAUAAGAACAGGGACAAUUUCCUGAACCGACACCCAGAGAAGCCAAAGAAAGAUUUGGAUAUCUUUGGGAUGAACCCAGCUGAUGAAAGCACAAGAAGUUAUGUGAUAUUAUCAUUUGAAAACACUGGAGAAUACAUGGACAUGAAACAAGCUGAUACCACUCAGUACGUGCCAAUGCUGGAAAGGAAGGAGGGAUCUAAGUACUCUGAUAUUCAGAGAUCUGUGUAUGAUCGUCCUGCUUCAUAUAAGAAGAAAUCUAUGUCAGAAUCAGAAGUCAAAAACCUUCUUUCAGAUGACAGUUCGGAGGGCCUCAGCCUACUGGAUUUGCUGAGCUUCACCUACCAGGUUGCACGGGGAAUGGAAUUCUUGGCUUCUAAAAAUUGUGUGCACCGUGACUUGGCAGCUCGUAAUGUCCUCCUGGCUCAAGGAAAAAUCGUGAAGAUCUGUGACUUUGGGCUGGCUAGAGACAUCAUGCAUGAUUCCAACUAUGUCUCCAAGGGCAGCACUUUUCUCCCGGUAAAAUGGAUGGCACCUGAAAGCAUUUUUGACAAUCUGUACACAACUUUAAGUGAUGUCUGGUCUUAUGGCAUUCUGCUGUGGGAAAUAUUUUCUCUUGGUGGUACACCAUAUCCUGGCAUGAUGGUCGAUUCUACUUUCUACAAUAAGAUCAAGAGUGGAUACCGAAUGGCCAAACCCGAUCAUGCUACCAAUGAAGUGUAUGAGAUCAUGGUGAAGUGCUGGAACAGUGAACCAGAGAAAAGACCUUCUUUUUACCAUUUGAGUGAAAUUGUGGAGAGCUUGUUGCCUGGGGAGUACAAAAAGAGCUACGAGAAGAUUCACCUGGACUUCCUGAAAAGUGAUCACCCAGCUGUCACACGCAUGAGAGGGGACUGUGACAAUGCUUACAUUGGUGUCACCUACAAGAAUGAAGACAAGCUAAAGGACAGGGAGAGCGGAUUUGAUGAGCAGAGGCUCAGUGCUGACAGUGGAUACAUCAUCCCCCUGCCUGACAUUGACCCUGUUUCUGAAGAUGAGCUUGGCAAAAGGAACAGGCACAGUUCCCAGACAUCUGAAGAAAGUGCCAUUGAAACCGGUUCCAGUAGCUCUACUUUCAUCAAGAGAGAGGAUGAGACCAUUGAGGACAUUGACAUGAUGGAUGACAUUGGGAUCGACUCCUCAGACCUGGUGGAGGACAGCUUCCUGUAACCCCACAGACAGCUUCCAGCUCUGCACACGGGCAAGCUUGCCGUGUCAUCUACAGACUUCUGCUCCCCAGAGAAAACCACUUUUUAUUGCAAUGUCAAGGAUGUGAGGAGGAGGUGGAUUUGUACAGAGAAACUCCCAGAGAUGAAUGAAAAAAUCUCCCAGAAUGAAAAAGACAUGUUGAAGAUGGAUUUUUUUAGUGUUGCUUCUUGCAGUACUUCAGUAGCAUCUCAGUGUUGUUUGCCAUUUGAACUGGUAGGAGGACGAAGGAAAAGGCCACAAACAGACCAGUUUUGUGUUUCAAGGGCAUUCAUAUGACUUUGAUGGAUCGAAUUUCCACUGCAGCAAUACUUCACCAUUGUAAUUAUGUAAAUAACUGUCUACUCAAGGAUCUUUUGAGGUGCACAUUGAACAUAUGCCAUGGAUUUUAGAAGAGAUCGCUCAUGAAUUUUGUGUACUUCCUCCCUCAAUCUCAAUGUCAGCUGCUGUUGAACUAUCAUGUGAAUUGAAGAACAUGCAAAAACCACUUUUGGACCAAAAAGGUCUAAAACCACAAGGGACUGACCGGUACUACAAAACAUGUUACUUUUUACCAUUAAUGCAAGUAACAGGGAAUAAUAAUAAUAAUAAUAAUUAAAAACCAGUCUAUGAUAGGUGUUAGAAACCUAGUAAGUCUUUAUUAACUAUAGAAGAUAGCUGUUUUCAAGAUAAUACUACUACUGUUUUCAGUAACACUAAAUGUAUAUUUUACAAUUCAUUGUCCUUCAGUAAAAGCACAGUCUCAAGAAACUUUUUUAAGUACAAGGAAAAAAUUUAUGACCUGAAAAUGUUUAUGAAACAAUUCUUUUUUUUGGCUCUACGCAGUAUGGUAACUGCUCUGGUUAGCUAAAACUACUUUAACAUGGAGAAAAAAUUAAGAUUUUGUUUUCUACCACGAGCUGAGUAGCUUUUCUAAUCAGGUAUACUAGAAGCAAUGAUUGUCCUCUGAUUAAGGGAGGUUCUAAAAAUUUAAAUUAAAAAAAAUAAAAGUUAUGCCAGAUCUCCAAGAUGCUGGAGAAUGGAAGAUUAUGAUAAACCACCAGCAAUAUCCCAUUAUUAGUGUUUCACGGGUACUGAAAAGAAAUCCUAUCCUGGGGUUAGCUGUGAAGAAUCGAUUUGAUAUUUGAACUGCUCAAGGAACAAAGACAUCUCUCCCAGCCUGGAACUCAAGUUUAAACUAGCAGAAAUAAUUCUGCAUCAAAUUUUCUUGUCUUAGUUUUCAGGUUUCAACAGGAACAGAAAACUCUGACUAUUAUCUUUGCAGACUGUAACUACAACUGGUAAUUGCUUCCAAGAGUGUUUUUUGGAAGAAGGUGCAUGAAAAUGAACCUGCUCUCAGCCUGCAAUAGUUGUUUUUUGACACCACUUUUGUGAACAAAGUAUUACGAUUACUGCUAUCACUGUACAAUGUGUUAUUGAGAUAUGAUGCUUUGGAAGACUUACAUGUGAAAAAAGGUACAUCACUGCGAAGGGCCCCAUCCUUUCUGGUGCUCAACUUUCAAACUAAACCUUAAUCCAGUGCGAUGAGCACGUUGCAGGACGUGCUCAGCCUCCAGCACGACACAACCAAUGCAAAUGCAGUGCAAACUCAUCCCUGUGUUGCAGUAUUUUUCCUAGGAAGUGUGAAAGACGGGCCAGCAGUGACCGACAGAACAUGCAGCCAUGUUAAACUACAGUUUAACUUGAAAUGGCCCUAAGAAAAGCUACACAAGUCCCCUUGACUUCACUUGUUGUGGACAGUUGUGAAUCAAAUGAAAGCAAAUGUAAUGUUGUCAGUGUUACAGGCAAAUAAUUCUGGGUCUGGGUUUCAAAAUGUCACCUGGCUGAGGCCAUGUAAAAACGUACUUAGAUGUGAAAACAGGACCGGCAGCAAGGCACCCACAUUUUCGACGUGAUGGAUGCUGACAAUCAGAGGGAACUGUGAGUGAUGGCGCAUCCUCCAUUUCUUGCAGUCAACAGAUCAAGACCAAGUGUCUUCCUGGGAGCCAUGCUUUAGCCAAACACAUGUCACUGAGCUCUGUACGGGGACAACUGUGAAACAUAAAGACUCUCGAUAAAGCCAGGACAGAUGAGACGAUGUGAAGUCUCCCUCCAGCUAUGAACUAUGAAUUGAGGAAACACAAAUUGUCUAUUGGAUAUCCCGGAUAUCUGAAUGGCCACUUGAGACCACAUGUGCCUUAAUUUGCAUGUGUAGUCAUCACAACUACACAUUCAAAUUAGGCAAGCAAUUUCACCUGCAUUUUUGCACAUGGCCUAGUGUUCUUCAGGGUUUGAAAAUCAGCCCCAGCAUGUUUUAUUAUACCAGCUACUGGAAUCUAAGGACAUUUUCAUGCGGUCUCCCUUUCCCCUCACUGGUUUCAUUCUGUACCUCGCAGCACAUCUCAGGGCUAGACCCAGAUGGUGGAUGUGAACCAGAGCUGGCUCACUUUCUGAUGCAUGGUAAUGUUGAUUCUCCAUCCUGUCAUGAGUAUUGUGUAGAUGCACUGCAUCCAUGGCAGGGGUCUAGCCAAACCCAGCUCACUGCAGGCUUGGAAUCAGAUAAGCUGGCCUGGAAACUGGAAUGAGAAGCAGAGGAAGAGAGGGGAUUUACAAGAGAGGGAGAAGUGCGAGAGGAUGAUUCGUUUAGUUUUACAAUAUUAUCAGUAUUACAGACUUUUUCUUUUAUGGCUUAAUUUUUGAGAAGCCACUGGAAGAGAUAUUCCCAAACCUUUUGCUACAGUAAUUGUGUAACGACAAUCAGCAUUAGCCUACGAAACACAGCUUUUGAUUUGGAAUGGCCAACCAAUUCCUUACAGCGUGGUCUGCAACUUGUACAAAAUGGUCCUAUUACAUGAUGAAGGACGUGAGAUAUGAUGAUGUUAUACAUCAAUAUGUAUAUAAGUAUUUUUAUAUAGACUUCUAGAAUACUGCCAAAACAUUUAUGACAGCUAUAUCACUGCCUUUGUUUAUAUUUUUUUUACUGUGAUAUAUUCCACAGGCACGUUAACUGUUGCACUUUGAAUGUCCAAAAGUUAUAUUUUAGAAUAAUAAAAAAGGAAGUGUUUCCAAAAUGGUGGCUGUUGUGAAAUGUUUGAAGAAGGGCAAACUGGCCUGAGUGAUGGUAGGCACAAAAUGUAUUUCAAAAAUGCCCCUGUUGAUAUUUUGUCUUUGAAAAAAAUCCUGUAAAUUAAGAUCUCUAUAUUUCAAUAAAUGAUAUAUAAUUUAAGGAUA